AUGUUGGCUUCAAGAUCUGAUUCUCAAUUAAGAAGUCUUGAAAAUCCAGAUAAAUAAACGAUGAGAGGAGAAUCUUCCAAAAGAAGUGAUAAAUUGCUUGAAAUUCCAAGAAAAAAGCUCAAUAUGAGGUUAUUGUUUUUAUUACAGUUAGAUUGUAUACUGAGCAGGAACAAAAGAUUUAGAAUUUAAUUAAUUCUAAGUCAGUUACAAUUAGUAUUAUUGCAUUGGUUGGAAUAUAUGCUAUUUUGAUUUUUGUUAUUGUAGCUUUAGAGGAAUUGAUGGAUGAGACAGAAUUCAACAAUGUGUCCAUAAUACUGAGUUGGAUUGAAUUAGGAAUCCUAAUUGUUUUCAUUUUAGAAAUAGCAGUUGGCUUAUAUGCAUGGGGUGUGAUGGUAAGAAUUAAAAUAUAAAUUAGAAAUAUUACAAAGAUAAAUGGUUGAUUUUGGAUACUCUCAUUAUAUUAUUGUCUCUCUUUUUUGUGAUCUUUGAAUUGGCAGAUUAGAAAACAUCAAAUGUAGUCAAAGUGAUCUAGGCUGUUUUUCGAUUCUUACGAAUAUUUCUACUCAUAAGAAAGGCUUAGACUUUCAGAAGACUGUCAACAAUAUCCACUAUCUCUACACCAGCUGAAAAGAUUGUUCGAUUUUUAUCAGAAUUGAAAGAAGUGAUAGAACUUGAAAGUAUGAAAUUGGAUAUCGAUUAUUGCAUUGAUAAAAUAGGUAACAACUAAUUAUAUUAAAUGGGAAAGUUGGAUGAGGACAAUGCUGAGGUAAAUGCUGAAUAUAAUUAUAGGCUAUGGGUUGGUUGAAUUAAAGUCAAUAGGGUAAAAGUAGUGUGAGGAAAAUUGUCACAGUUGAUUAACAGCAGUAACAGAAAAAAGUACUAGCCAACUUUUAAAAAUUGAACAUUCCCAAAAGAGUAAUCAUUUGCAACAUGUCAUUAGGUUCUAGAGUUGUUAGAUAAAUAACAUGAUGAUUUAUAUAUUGAUCCAUUUGAGUGUGACAAAUUAAGUGGAGGGGAAGGGUUGGUGUAUUUAAUGUUAUUUCUCUUUGAAAACUACAAUCUUUAUGAUGUUUUCUUGAUUAAACCCAAAGUUGUAAGAAGUUAUUUCGAGGAAGUAAUGAGAGGAUAUCAAGAUAACCCAUAUCAUAAUAGAGUGCAUGCAUAAGAUGUGGCAUAAACAUGCAAUUUUUUGUUGAAUAGAUGCAAAUUUAUUGAAAUUGGUUAAUUGGAUGAACAAGAUAUCGCUUGUGUUCUUAUUGCAGGUGCCAUUCAUGACUAUGGACAUCCUGGUCUAACGAAUGCCUUUCUUAUUAAUAGUAAAAAUGACUUAGCAUUAACUUACAAUGAUUAAAGCGUUUUGGAAAUGUUUCAUCCAUCUUAAUGUUUCAAAAUUGCUUGGACAAACCAGAAAGCAAACAUCUUUGAAAGUCUGACAUUCCAAAAAUACAGAAGGAUUAGAGAAUCUAUUAUCUCGAUGGUUUUAUCCACUGACAUGGCUCAUCAUGCUUCUGAAUUAGCUAUUACCAAUAGUAGAGUGGCAGCACGUAAGUUAUGUUCUUUGAAUUUAGCCGACUUUGAACCAUAUGGGAAGGAUAAGUAAAGAUUAAUGGAUUUGGUUGUUCAUUCUUCAGAUGUAUCAAAUCCAACAAAAAGCUUUGAAAUCUACAAGCAGUGGACUGAGAGAGUUCUGACAGAGUUUUGGUUACAAGGAGAUAAAGAACGAGAACUCGGUUUGCCUAUCUCCUAUCUUUGCAAUAGAUAUACAACCAACAUGGCAGAGGCCUAACUGGGGUAUUUUUAAACUUAAUCAUAUUAGCUUUAUUGAUUAUGUGGUCAAACCAACAUUUUCUUGUGUUUUGGGUUUUCUUCCAGCCUUUGAGCCUUAUCUCGAAAAUCUAGAUAAGAAUAAGGCUAAAUGGCAAGAACUUGUUGGAUACUACAAACAAUAAUUGGCCUCCAUUUAAACCUAAUGA